AUGGAGGGCAGUGGCGGAGGGGAGGAAAGAGGCGAAGGUCAAUCAGCUACAGGAGAUGACGCGAAGAGUCAAAUGACAGGUCUCGGCACCUCCGUUUCCUCCACUGCCACCACUGCCGUUAGCCCUACUUCCAAUUCGGCUGCUCAGAGUAUCACUGCACUGACGUCCACCGGACCUAAACGCCUCCACGUCUCCAAUAUUCCCUUCCGUUUUCGCGAAGCUGACCUACGACAACUCCUUGGUCCUUUUGGAACCAUUCUGGACGUGGAGAUCAUAUUCAACGAGCGUGGUUCGAAGGGCUUCGGGUUCGUGACCUUUGCUACACCUGAGGAGGCCGAUAAGGCUCGAGAGAAUCUUAAUGGAACGGUAGUUGAGGGGCGAAAAAUUGAGAUAAACAACGCAACCGCACGUGUUAUGACGAAGAAGAAGUCGGAGGCUCCAACACUGAUGAAAACGGCUACGACACUGCGAGGCAUACGGAAUGCUCUGCCACCAGCAGUAUCGAAUGCCGCCGCAUUGGCCGCUGCUCUGAGGGGCUGUUCUACACUGGGUGGUUUGGGUACAACUGGAUUGGUGGCAGCGUCAGCCAAUCCCGGGGCAGCUGUAUCACCAGCGGCCAAUCAGGCGCUGCUUGCAGCUGCAGCUGCUUAUAACCCAACAGCAGCGCUCUAUUUGGCCUCAGCCGCUGCCGCGGACCCAACGACGGCACUGCUAACCCACUAUGCUGCUGCUCUUAACGGUGCAGCUGCCGCAGCCGCUGCAACAGGAACCAUCCCCAUGGCAAUGCAGUCGCCAGCUGCUGCCCAGCCAGCUGCUCAACUGUUGGCUGCUAAUCUCUCCUGGUACGGUGCUUCGCCCGAAUUAGAGCUGCAGCAGCGCCUUCAACAACAACAAGCUCAGGUGCAACAACAAGCACAAGUCCAAGUCGCUCAACAAUCGGCUGCAGCCCUAGCGGCAGCUAAUUUGGCCGCGGUAGGUCUUGCUGCGGGUGCGGGGGGCGCACAGGGCGCCGCAGCGGCAUCGGGCGUUCCCACCUCCGUCGCAAACCCUUUCGCUGCAAUGCUCCGCGCCUUCAGUGGAGCCACUUCUGCAGUUCCGCAGACCACCGCGCAGCCCAUUGUGGUCAGCGCCAACGCCGCCGCCGGUGCUGCCUCCACCUCGCCGCCGUCUACUACCGCUGCGUCGAACUCCUCCGCUGCAGCGGCCACCAGCGGGAGCGCGAACAAUCAGGCCACCAUGGCUGCCCUGGCGGCUGCGGCCAAUCAACAGUAUCUGCCAGACUUGAACGCAGUGGCAGCAGGAGUGGAUCCCUACCUGAAUCGACUUGCUGUGAGCUAUGCAGCUCUUGGCAAUGUUGCUAACGCUAACUCUCCGGGCAUCUAUCGGACAAAUUCAAGCUACCAGCGUUUCUCACCAUAUUGA